GGAUUGAUUCCUCGGUCCUAUCAGCGCACUUGAUCGCGAACGGGCGCUUUAUUCUGACGGAUCUCUCUGGCGCGUCUGCUCGGUGCCGCCGGACAGCUCCUUAUUCUCGCCGCUCCACCGAACGCGGCACGGUGAUUGACAGAAGGGGCGACCAUAGGCGGGUCGAUGCCGCUCCCGGAACCCCCCCUAUGAGGUGACGGGGAAAGACGGGGCUUUUUUCUUUCUUUCUUUUUUUUUUUUUUUUUGGAGAGGGGGGCGCUCGGAGCCUGACGCGUCUCUCCCUGGCUUCCAUAGGCCCGCUCGGUGUUUGCGGCGGUCGGAAGAGGGCGGAGUGCGUUCUGUUCAUCCAAGUGAGGAGCUCCCUGACUCUUAAAAAAAUAUAUAUAAAUAUAAUAACAACAAGGCUCUUCACCCCUCCCUCCCUUUCCGCGUCGUUUUGAUUCAGUGUAAGAAAGCCCACACGCAAGGGGGGGUGGGAGAACAUCCGCCGCACAGCAGAGCCAGGACCGAGGGGGGGGGGAAUCUUCAACAUCAUCAAGCUGGAUGAGGCAUCUGUGAGGAGAAAGGGAAAGGAGCACCUUCCUGAUUCCAGCAACAGAGGUGCGGGGGUUUCACAAAUAUCCUACAAGUGGUGAUGCGAUGGCUUAGAGGAGCAGUUUUGGUAGAUUCCUCACAUCACGCCCGCCCGACGACGCUGUAAUUUCUCUCCCCCCCUCCUCCGCCUCCUCUUCAAGACAUCCGCGGACGCUUUCUGCAGGGGGAGAUGGCUGUUUUCCGGCUCUCGUUGCUGCUGCAUGUGGGCUUUGUGAUCGGGUCGAACCGCCUGUACGCGGACCGGUCAGUCGGUGCGUCGGCGCCAGCAGCGGCGGCGGCGGCGGCGGCGGGGAAGGAGGAGGAGGUGGGAGCGAUCCCCGGCGCUCCGCUGGCGCAUCUCCGUGCGCCUCGCCUCGUUCCCGGGGAGAAAUCCGAGGAGCAUCUGCCCCGGGUGGUCACGGCUUUCCUGCACACGGGGGACUCGACCACCUUGAAGCACGCCAACUGCUCGAGAAAGUACGAGCUCACCUCUCUGCUGCGCGGAAGGUCACACGAAACCCCGCAUCGCUCCAUGAGCGGCGUGCUGGAGACGGUGCUGCACGCCACCAACUUCCUCAACACGAUCCUGCAAGCCAACAGGUCCAGGGAGCACAACCUGCGCAGAGACAUCGAGUGGUACCAUGCCCUGGUGAGGAGCAUCCUGGAGGGGGACGCCAAGAUCCACCGGGCGGUGGUCACCUUCGGCGGGGAUGCGUCGUUCUCGGGGCCCCAGGUGCUCCUCCAAGCCACCAGGGCCGGCGGGGAGAUCGUGCUCCAGGAUCUCUCCCGCACGGCGCACCGCCGCCUGCACAACCGCACCGCGGACACGGAGUGGUACCACGGGAUGAAGGAGAAGAAGGAGCCCAGGUUCCACAGGCGGGUUCUGAGCAAGAGUGGGAGAUCCGCCGGCGAGGGAGCCCCAGAGAGGGCAGAGAGUUUCAUCCCGGACAGGACGCACGUCAGGUGGUCCGCGCCUUACCUGGAGUGUGAAAAUGGAAAUUUUGUUCCCCGUUGGCUCCUGACUUUGUCGGCUGCUUUCUAUGGCCUGAAGUCCAACCUGCAUCCAGAGUUCAGGGGCGUGGUGCGGGUGGACGUUAAUCUACAGGAUGUUGAUAUCGACCAGUGCUCCACCAACGGCUGGUUUGCUGGAACCCAUCGAUGCAACCUGACCACUAUGGAGUGUCUGCCGCUCCAUGGUCAUGGGUUUGUCCUGGACAAGUACCAAUGCCAGUGUAGAAAAGGAUUUUACCACCCCAACAGAGUGGCGGUCAAUGGCUUCACCAAGGCUGGGAGAAAAGGGAAAGCUGGAGAUGGCGGUCCCGGUGAAGAUGAAGGAUCCCCCAGCGACUGUCUGCCUUGCCAGCAAGGCUGUGCCUUCUGUAAAGACAACUCUCCCUGUGUGGCGUUAGAGGACGGGGCUCUUCGCCUGGCUGUGCUCUGCUUCCAGUGUCUCUGCAUGCUGAUCGCCUUCAUCAGCAUGGUGCUCAUAUACCACUUUCGCAGGAAUAAGAGCAUCAGAGCUUCAGGUCUCGUCCUGCUGGAGGCCAUUCUCUGUGGAGCCCUCCUUCUCUACUUUCCGGUCGGGAUUCUCUACUUCCACCCGAGCGUUUUCCGCUGCAUCCUGCUGCGUUGGGUUCGACUGCUGGGCUUCGCCACCGUCUACGGGACGCUCACUCUUAAGCUGUACAGGGUGCUGAAGGUUUUCCUGUCCCGCACCGCCCAGAGGAUCCCCUAUAUGACCAGCUGGCGAGUGCUGCGCCUGCUGGCCAUCAUCCUGCUCAUCGUCUGCUGGUUCCUGGUCGCGUGGACAUCUGCCGUCUGUCAGAACCCAGACAGGAAGUUGGCGCUCAUCGACGUGGGCUACACGCCCGACGGGAGUCAGUUUGGCAUGUGCCUCCUGGAUCGCUGGGACUACAUGAUGGCCGUCGCUGAAUUCCUCUUCCUGCUGUGGGGCGUGUACCUUUGUUACGCCGUGAGGACCGUGCCGUCGGCUUUCCACGAGCCUCGAUACAUGGCCAUCGCUCUUCACAACGAGCUUGUGCUGUCAGCUGUUUUCCACGUCAUCAGGUUCACGCUCGCUCAUGAACUCCACCCAGACUGGACGCUGCUGCUGUUCUUCACCCACACCCACCUGACCGUGACCGUCACUUUGGGCCUGCUGCUCGUUCCGAAGUUCUUGUUUGCUGGAACCCAAAUGAGAGAUGAUAUAGCCUCUGAGGCCUACGAGGAUGAGCUGGACAUGGGUCGCUCCGGGUCGUACCUCAACAGCAGCAUCACUUCAGCGUGGAGCGAGCACAGUCUGGAUCCCGAGGACAUUCGGACACCAGAAGAAAUGGGCCAUCUCAGUUCUAUUAAUGGCUGUGGCGUAAGAUCUUGCGACAGCCUUUGGGAAAAACGUACUAACGAGGAGCUGAAGAAAUUAUACUCCCAGCUGGAGAUUUACAAAAGAAAAAAGAUGCUUGCGAAUAACCCUCAUCUGCAGAAGAAGCGAAGCUCAAAGAAAGGUCUGGGGCGCUCACUAAUGAGGCGCAUCACUGAGAUUCCCGAAUCCGUGCAUCGGCAGUGCAGCCGGGAAGAGAAGGAGGUGGGAGAUCAUGGGAGCAAUCGGAACAGCAUCUGCAUGCUGAAAAAGAACCCCUUGGAACCAAGUCAUCAGGUGAAACCAGCCAAGGAAGAGACAUUAAAGCACAAGGUCUUCUCUCUAAAGAAGUCCCACAGCAGUUACGACCAUGUCCGUGACCAGAAUGAUGAUGCCAGCAGAGCUGAGAAAGAACAGACGGAGAUGGCCACAACCGAAGGGUCACUGCUGGAUACACUCAUGGGCAAAAAACUGGUCAAGAAGACGUCCAGUGAGAAUAUGAGUGCCCCCAGUGAAUCUACAGAGUCUGUUCCGUUAGUCUGCAAGUCAGCUAGUGCCCAUAAUCUUACUGCCGACAAGAAACCAAUUCAUCCCAGAGCAUCCAUGCUACAGAAGUCUCUGAGUGUCAUCGCCAGUGCCAAAGAGAAAACCUUGGGCUUGACUGGAAAGACUCAGAGUUCUGAGGACAGCAAUAAAAAGACUCAGCCAAAGAGCAAAGACACAAAGGCGAAUGCAGAGACAGAGAACGACUGUCAGCCAAAAUCAAUUAUUGGUCAGUCGACUGAGUAUAAACCAAGCACAGCCAAAGGUAGGAUCAUGAAGCAACCGGUGACCAGCAGCCAGCCUACAGUCUGCUCUGAUCCAGUCAGGGGAAAAGACCUUUAUGAUGUCUCAGAAGUGUGUCCCUGGGAGCUGGAAGAUCUGCCAACUCCGUCUGAGAACAAGAUCCAGAAGCACGUCUCAAUUGCACCGAAGGAGACCACAACCAUUCAUGGAGGCAGCACCAAAGGAAGCAAAUCUCACAAGCAGAAGGUUUCUGAUCAGUCUCCAUCAAGUGGCAGGCACUCAAAGGAGAGUCAUAAGACAACCGCUGUGCGAGCUGAGGUAUGUCCAUGGGAAGACGGAGGUGAGAAACAAGCCAGCCUCUCAGAAGGGUCGAGGCAACCAGUAUCUAGUCAGUCAAGGUCAGGCAGGCCUCAUUCUGCCGCAGAAAGCUCCAAAACAAAGCGGCCAGACAUUUGUCCAUGGGACUUUGAAGAGCAGCAAAAGCCGACAGAGUUAGCCAAGUCUCCAGAUACAAUAAAGCAGAAAAAGCUCUCAUCCCCCGUGGAUGGUCGAGGGAGAACCCCCAUUUCAGACACAUCCAAAGGUGUAGCAUCUCUGCACCUACCAACAACAAAAGCUGAAAUCUGUCCCUGGGACUAUGACAGUACUGCCAUUUCUCCAAAUACUGACAGGACACCUAGUCCAGCCCAGCCACCCAACGCUAAAGAGUCCCCCUCAAUAAAGAAAGGUACCCCAUUCACCAGGACAGCUGAGAAAGAAAAAUCAAAAGAUGCUGAGGAUGAAAAAAGUUUAACAAAGGGUCAGGACAUGAAUAAAUCUUCAGAUAAACGUUUAAGCCAACAGAAAUUAUCUGAGGUCUGCCCGUGGGAUGUAGAGAGUCCACAGGAAGUGCUGCAGGUAGAAAAAAGGAAAAGUGCGAAUGUUGGAGCAGCCAAACAAAAGCAGGCUGAAGUUUGUCCAUGGGAUUUUGAGCUCAUGUCAAGUAAGACAAGCACUGACAAAAGUGCUCCUGUAGAAAAGCAGAGCAGUCCAAAUUCAAAAGGCGCGGCUGCAAGUUCUGCUAAAACGGCAGACGUUUGCCCUUGGGACUUUGACGAAAGCAAGACGGCAUGACACUGAAUCUAAAUGGACCACUGAAAUUAUAGUUAUCGAUGUAUAAUUUUUCUUUUUUCAAUUACAAAGAGUUAUAUAUUACCUUUUACUAUUUGUACGGUAACUUGGAAGCAAAGUUAAUCCACAAGUUGCCUUCCUUUCUGAGGUUUUGUUCCAGUUUUACAUAUUUGGAAUAUGUACAAAACGACAAAACAAAGUCAAGAAGAGCAUUCCAGAUUACUACAGGGAAAUUCCUGGAGAUAAAUUGUAGACCAAUUAUGCAACUGUUUCACUUUAUGAGCAAUGUCGGACAUCAGCUUUUGCCAUCUUUCUGGUCCUUAUUUUUCGUUUGCUGUUUCUUAUGUUGUUUGACUUGGAUGUGAUGACCAAUAGCGAAUAUUUUGUAUCGGUUCAUACGCAAUAAUUUCUCCUUGUUGUCACCUGGAUGAGAUUUGGGUUAAAGUAUGAAUCAGGAAAAGUCAAAGCCAAAGAAUAAGGCAACCAUUGCUAAGAGUGAUGUUGGUCUGCAACCUGCAUUUAUUGAUUUGAUCGAUAUGACUAAAACCGAAGGAAAAUCAGGCUAUAGCACUUUAGCAAACAUCAUAAAUUCAGAACUAAGGACAGAUUGUCUUUCAUGUACAUUUUCUUCUCUUGAUUUCCAACGCAUUGCAUAUUAUAUCACAGGCAAUCACAUAUAAAGCAUAUAUAUAUAUUUUUAGAUCGAUUUAAUUGUAGUUCUCUACAGAUUAAAAUGCUUCCAAGUCUGUAGAGAUGUACUAUACGUGCCUAACUAUUAGCAUUGUCUUGUAUCAGUCUGAAGGGGAAAAAAAGUGGCUUCUUUGUCUGGAUUUUGUGAUGGUGAUCUAUAUUAAAAGCAUGAAGACCCAGGCGUCGGGUAGGUGGACUUGUUUACUUGUUUGUCAACUGACCAGUUCCGAUGUUUUAGCUAGACCCCCCCUCCUCCACCAUAAUUAUUUAUUUUCAUUUAAUAGCUAAAAAUGGCUGAAAAGAGCAGGAUUUGCCUGAAUGUGUCUAAAUGGAUGUUCGUGCAUGUUACCAGAAGGAAAGGAAACAAUACAAAGGGAUUUAAUUUGCACGAGUCGUUGCGUGUCAUUUCACCUCUUUGCCAUGUCCUGAAUUUUCAGCUUUUGUUGGUUUGUUGUUAAUUUUUGGGGCCGUCUACUAAGGACUGUACCAACAACAUAAUUUCAUACCCUAGCCAGCCAGACUAACUUUUGUCUCUCUUCGAUACGGCUGAAGUUAGUCAGGAACUGCUCACAUAGAGGGCUUUUUCUGGGGCGGAGUUAACAGGCACAAAAUAAACCAAUCAGAGAAACUGCGGACGUGACGUAAAAGAGGCACAAUCACACUUCCGCUGUCAACAUUUCACAAUGUAAUUCAGCAUGGCGAGCCACGGUCGAGUGGAGACUACGGUGAAUAUCUUCUGUUUUAAUUCUUUUUAAAGCGCACUAGCAAAAGAACGCUCCGUAGCGGCGGCCAUCUUGUUUGUUUUGG